AUGUCGGCCCACAACAAAUCCUACCAUGAACCGCUCGCGCUAGUCAUCAUUUCGUCCAUUUCAUUGGGUCUCGGGGCUUUAGCAGCGCUAUUCAUCCUCAUCGACAUCAUCCUUCGUCGAGGCUGGAGGAGCAUGAUGGCCAUUAUGAUUCCAGUAUACAUCAUCAACGCACUGUACCUCUGGCCACUUACACUAUGGACAUAUCUCAACUACGGACGACCCAAGAAACCAGCUGUGAACCCCAAGACAAAAUCUCUGAUACCACCACCACCACCUCCUCCUCCUCCACCGCACGACUCCGACGAAUCUUCCCUACCACCACCGAAAGAAUCCCAGGAAGCACCUCAACCCACCUCAUCCUGCUGCCAUCACGCCCCUCUCACCGAAAAACCCCCAAGACCCCUCUUCGCCACCAUCACCGUUGCAGUCUGCCACUGCGGCGCAGGCUGUGUCCUCGGCGACCUCAUCGGCGAAUGGCUCGUCUACAGCACUCAGCACGCCCGAAUGCACAACGCCGAAAAAAUGAUGCUCUACCUCUCCUUCCCCAUCGACUUCGCCUUUGCAAUCUUCAUCGGCAUAAUUUUCCAAUACUACUCCAUCGCGCCCAUGUCAGGAGAAUAUGGCUGGAAAACCGUAUGGAGAGCAGCUCAAGCGGAUUUUUUGUCUUUGGUGUUUUUUGAAAUGGGUCUGUUUGCUUGGAUGGCGGUUUUUCAAAUUGCGCUGUUUGAGGGGCGGUUGGGUAUGGAUACGGUCACGUAUUGGUGGAUGAUGCAGGUGGGAAUGGUGUGUGGGCAUUGGACGGGUGUGCCGAUUAAUUGGUGGUUGAUUAGGACGGGGGUGAAGGAGCCUUGUGCUUGA